CGGAGUCUAUGAAGUCUUAAAUGUAAACUUUAAAGGGUUUUAUUUUCAUCGGCGGGCACGUGACUCCCGGGUACCCAAUGACACUAACGACAGUGUCUCUCAUUAAGAGGUCAUGCAAAUACUUUCCUGCUAAAGGAGGCAUUUGUUGUAACAUAUUUAGCAUUCAAAUGCAGAAGCUGGGCUUAAGCUAUGGGCGAUCCUAAUCAGCAACCGGCUUGGCUGUCCGAACAGAACAAAAGCUGCAGGCCCACUCAUCCCAUCUUGUGACAUGCUAGUGUGCCCUGGGACACAGCUUGGAAUCCUUGCAUGACUAUAUGCCUUCCGCAGAGGGAUAUCUCCUAAUUAAAAUCACAUCACUGCCAUUCCAGAUGCUUCUGUUCAGCCCGAAGUUAAAAUCAUGGUCCUCCAACUCCCACUGAUUUAUUGAUGUUAACAAAGAAGAAUCCAGAUGGGGUGCAGGUGCUGUAAAAUGAUACAAAGCUACAUCUUUGAUCCCCAAGAAGUGCAGACAUCUGGGUACGUCAAUGAAAUAAACAACUACAAGCCAGAUGAGCAAGAUGGAGGCAAAUUCAAAUGCAAGCUCAACAAUGACAUUCAGGUUCAUAAAAAUGAACUCCAGAAGGCUGAAUUACAACCACCUGCAAUCAGGCACAAAUUAAACAACACUAAGGAUGCUGUUCAGAACCACAAAAGCACUGCUGUUCACGAGGAAGGACUUGGGAAUCUUGUUGAAAAGUGCAACGUCAGUGUUAAUGGCAUCCAUUCCCAUUCCGGUGUAAACCUCAAUCCCAACACAAACCAAAGUAGAGAGAUUGCCACUGACACCUACUCUGGUCAGCGAUCCAAUUCCUCAGCCAAAGGGGUGUCCCAGCCAAACACAUGCAAUAACCACAGGAUUCUGGAAACUGAAGACCACCCCAAGCUAUCUUCAGAGACAACAGGAAGUGUCCUAUAUGGGGAAUCUCAAAGUGCAGGAGAAAACACUUCUACCACUCAAAGUGCCAUUCUGGAGGCUCAAGGCAAUGGCACACAUCUGCCUGAACCAACAGAUCACCAAAAUGCCAGCCAUGCUGGAAAACAGAGAGCUGUUGGAAGAGAAAGUCUGUUAAACAAUCACACACAUGCAGACGAAAACACAGAAUGCACAACUACGAGCAACCAUUGGGACCUGCCAUUGUGUGAAUCUAAAAGCCACAAUUCAACAGACCAAGCCUGUAGGACAGGCCCUUCAAAUGUGUGUUUCAAGGACAAAGUAUCUGAUGAUACCCCAUAUUCAAGGACCAAGAGAGGUGCGGUGCAAGAAGAUAGAUAUGAUUGCCACAAUGAGAUUAAUGGAGAACUGGAGGAGGAGGAUGCAGAGGUAGCAGAGGCUCUGGCAGCACUGGAGGCUGCUACAGCAGGAGAAGAUUUUGAGGAAGAAGAGGACUACUAGACGAAAGCCAAGACAUGUGUCUCUCUUCUGGAGCUGUGUGAAAUGCUACCCAUUAGGGGCCUGCCACAGCAGGUGUACGCCUUUGCCCAGGAGGCCCAUAAAUAGUGGAGGGGGAUCUAUAAUUAGGCCAGGUGAGCUAAUAAUAGCAGCUACUGCUGUGCCCGACAUUGUGCUUGGGGUAAGCUGAUGUACCACCAUUAACAUCAGCCAGUCUAAUACUUAUGUACCUGCCCUCCUCAUAUGAGGCACCCAUUGCUGCCAGCCAAAGCAAUCUCUCUUCUGUUAGCCGACAUGACAGCUCCAACUGUAAUAAAUGUCUGUGCUACAAAGAAUGGUUACCCAAUAUAAUUUACACUCUAGUGAGAAUAAUGCCCUCUAGGUCAAGUUUGCUUCCAGCUGGGAAAAAGGAGGACAUCUUUGGUUAAUGAAAGCACUAAGCCGCCCUUUAGGCCAGUCAGAAAGAUACAAUUUUGUUCAUUCAAAGAAGUCAGCAUGUUAAACAUUUGCCUUGUACAUGACUUUUCUUUAUCUACUAAGGCUUGCAUGGUAGGGUGUUCCAUAUGUCUCAAAACAAACCUGUAAAAUGGCAGUUUUAAUUAGAGCUCACCCCAAAACUACUAUUCUUUGUGAGAUUUUCAGCAGUGCCAAAAAUGUCUUCCCUUUGUAAAGGUUUCCUGGCACUCCAGGCAAAAAUGUUUGCUUGCUCAUUUACAUUGACCUCAGUGACAUCACCGGAUAGCCACAUCCAAUUGAAUACAUACUGCUCAGUCACUCAUGAUGAAAUCUGGAAAGUUGGAAGCAGUCACAAGAGGGGUGGGGGGAAGCAAUGGUAAAUAAACGAAUAUUUACACAGUCUAAGUAUACUUUGUGGCAUUGUCUACCUAUGUGAAAUGGUGGACAUUUUGGUGAUUUCUACCUUAAAAUCUCUAGUUUCAUGUCUUUCCCCCUAUAAAAGUACUUUUAAAAAAAUAUUGAUUAAACAUUUAUCUUGCACCAGCACCUAACUUUGUACCAAAGCAUCAGACCAGGGAAAUUCUACACUGCAGAGAUUCCACUCAAUUACUUUCCUGAUUUCUCACGGUGCUUCCCAUUCCCCAGCAAGUGUCAUUCAGCCACUUACCUAAGUGCUUCAGGUUCCUUAGGGUUAAUUAUUAUGAGUGAUCAUUCUCAGCACUGACUUGCCAGAAACAAGCAUGCCAUGGCUUCCAGUGAGCACCUGAGAUUCAUCCUGUAGGAUGAAACAGCACGAGACCAAGGUAUUUUCAUGUUGCAGUCUUAAAUGUGACUAAAUGCAAAUUAACAAGAAACUCAGAUUAUGUAUGCUUGCAAGCAUGGGGCAGGUUUGCACAUGUAUUUUUAUUCCUAUGACUUCUCAUCACUCAGUAUGCUCAUUGUGGAAUGUCUGAAAGGACUCCAUUCAAAAGCCUAAUUUGGGAUGAUUGGAAAGCUUUGCCUGUGAUGUGCUUAUUCAUUCACAAAUGCAAAAAUGCUGAUAUCAGCAAACUGCAAAAUGAAGGUGCCUGUCAUGGGGGUUUGCUAGGUACUUCAAGGACUGGGGAUGCAGGUCUAAUGACACAAAUCCUCAUAAAUGUUGUAUAUGCUAAUUUAUAUGUAUAGAUGCCUCUGGGAAAUUGAAAUGGCACGUGGCUGGGACUUUACCUUAUAAGUAAAGAUGGGGGUUAUUUUUACAAAUUAAGUUUAAAAAGGGGUAGAAGGGGCAGAAGAUUUGGAGCCCACCAAAAAAGAUUAGGACUCAGCACGCCCCCUUCCCAGAAUGCCUGUACUGUCAACUGAACAAAUGUUCCCAGAAAAGCAUUGUUCUUCAAAAUGUGUACCUCUCAGGAUCUUUUACAAACAUAUUUAUCCUUUUCUCUGGACAAUCCUUGAAAGUUUUACCUUUUGUUGUUGUUGUGCAUCGUUGCAGUGCGAUUUCCCCUUGAAAUUGUUCCGUUUAGGGAUGGCUAAAAUUCAUUAUUUAAAGAAUUGCCAGAAGGAGCCAUGUGAGUCUGUUUAGCAGCUAACACAUUGAAGAGUCUUGGGGCACCUGCAACCCUCACCAAUUUCUUGUGGCUUAAGCUUUUGUGGACUAGAGUCCACUCGUAUCUGAUGCAUAGAGUGUUCUUAUCCUAAACUGACAAGUAUAUACAUGGUUUGGCAUAAAAGAAGAAUUGUAAAUAAUAAGGACAGAGGGAAAUGAAAUGCAAAAAGUACAGAUACUGACAAGUUCCCACUAAUGUCACUACUAACAAUUCCCCAACCCACAAAACCAUGUAUAUAUCCAUCAUCAUCAUCAAUAGUGGGAGUUUUAUUUCUACCCUUCACUUCGUCCAGUCAGUGGCAGCUUACAAUAACCAUCCAUAAAACAUGACACCUCAUAAUAUUGUAAGAUAACAUCUUAAAUCAGAGUUAGAACAUCCUGAUUUGCAUGGCCAAUGAUCAGGGAUGUAGUCUAGCAACAUCCAGAGACCCACUGAUUUUCUAUCCCCGACUUAUGCCAUAAUUUGUUAGUUUUAAAGUGCCACAAGACUUUCCGUUUCAAAACAACAAAACAUUUCUUUUAAAGAGACAUGUAUUUUUAAUAGGGAUUCAGGUUGCAGAGCUAGCCCCACUUACCUGACAGCAGAACCCAUUGAAUUCAAUAGGACUUAAUUCUAAGUAGACAUGGAAAGGACUGCGUAAGAAAUUAUUACUUUCAAUAAAAACUCAAGCACUUUUUCUUUAAGUUAGUGAUCUAAAUUAACCUGAAGCCUUUUAGACAGAGAAGGCUGACAAUAAAUACAAAUGGAUUAAUGUUUGCUUUUGAUAUUUUGAAACCUGCAAGAGAUGGAGAAGCAUGAAGUCCUUACAGAAGGAGCCCUCCCAACAGUACAAGGAGGAUCCAUGUGAACAUUCAUCAUGCUGAACUGAGCACUGCAUGGCUCAGAAAAGGUUGGUACUUGGGUAAAUCCAAAUCCAGUUUAACACUAGGCAGUUAGGUAAGUUAUGAAUGAAAAGCACUCUGAGAGUUUCCCUGUGACAGCUUCAGGGUAGAGUCAUAACAAUUUUGUCCCAAAUUUAAUGUACUGAUGACAUUUGGGAAAUACUUGGCAUGGCCUACUGGAAAAUAUGUCUUCUCUAACUACUGGCCAGGUUUCUCCUGGGAUUUCAAACUACUGUGUUUAACCUUAUUUUGUUAGCUCUGCUAUAUCUGUCAAGAAAAUCAAUUGUAAC